ACACCUUUGUCUUUCUUACGCCUUUGGAGAAUGUCUGAAGCGCUAAUGUCGAAUGCUGUGAAAUUUUCUUGUAGUCAUGGCGCUUGAAAUGACAAAGAGCCUCAUCCGCUCCUGUGUUGUUUCUUCGAAGAAAGGACUGACAGUGCGUCAGCUGGAGCGCGAUUUCGAGGACCUGGUGGGGUCACGAAUACCAUUUCAAGAGCAUGGGUAUCCGAGUUUGGAUCUGUUUCUUCGCGCCAUUCCGGACACUGUUCGGCUGACGGAGCUCGGUAGGGAGACUCUGGUGGAGCACGUUCAUGACGCCAGCGUGGCCCGGAUCGCCUCUCUGGUCAGCAGACAGAAGGGGACGCCCAAGAAAGGCACGGCGGCCAAACUCGGCAAGAUACCGAGAAUCAACCCUCGACCAGAACCAGCGCCGCGGACGCACAAUCUCCAGUCAGGAGGGGCUCCGUCCAAGACCAUUCCUGCAACUACCCACUACAGUCAAAGCUCGUCUCAGCCGGGUCAGAGCGGCGGUGGAAUCAGCGGCGGUGUGCCGCAGUCGGGAGGGACGCCGGCCGACCCCCGCAGCACCGGGGUCACUAUGGAGAAGUCUCCGCGAACGGCAGGUAGCAGCGCCGAAUCCGAGGGCAGCCGUUCUCUAUCGACAGCCGCCCCCUCGAUGAGGCAGGCGCCCGCGCUCUGCACGCGGCACCGGCCGCCGGACGUGUGCCGCCGCCCCUCCUGUGACGCCCUCCACAUCUGCCGGCUGUACGUGGACGGGUUCUGCCCGCAUGGUGACGCCGCCUGCCGCUGGGGUCACAAGGUGCUCUCAGCUGGCAACGAGGCGGCGCUGGCAGCUCACCAGCUGCAGGCGCUGCCCGAGCGCGAGCUGCUCUGGCUGGUGCGCGCCCUGAUGCGCCAGACAGCUCCAGUCCCCGCCGAGGAGUACCGUAGCCAGCUGGCCAUCUGCCCAGAGUACGCGGUCGACGCGCGCUGUCGGCGAUCCGACUGUUUCCAGCUGCACCUGUGUCCGCGGCUGGCGGCCGGCGAGUGCGGCGCCGGCGACUCCUGCCGCUGGAGCCACCGGCUCACCGACCCGGACAACGUCAUGGUGCUGCUGCGGCUGCGCUGCUCCGAGCUCAGCGAGGCGGAGGUACUCGCCCGGCUGGCGCCACCAGCGAGCGUGCCAGACGGCGGCGUGCCUGAAACGAACGGCGUGGGAAUGAGUGAUUGUCUCAAUGGGCAAAAAUCGACCGAAAGCACUGGAAGCAGCGACAUGAUAUCAACAGUAAGCAGCCGUAGCAGCGCAAAACGAGUCGUUGCGAGCGUACCCAACACAUGCCAGGAGCGACCACAAGAGGACAAGGGGUCUGGGGACCUAAAGGAGCUGGCGCAGAGACUCGACUUGUGUGCACUCAACAUCUUUCCAUCUUUCUGUCCAGGAAACUGCGACAAGGUGCAUCUCUGUCGAUUUUUCUUGGCGGAGAUGUGUCCUUUCGGUGUUGACUGUAAAAGUCCUCACAAGCUGCGUAGCUCUCCUCACAACUCUGAACUUCUCAGAAGGAGCGGGCUGCAAGGUUUGACGGAGGAGGAACUGCUCGACGCCAUCAGGGCGGGCUAUCUCGCCCAAAAUCCGAUCACCGACCUGGAGCGUCGCUUUGCUCUUCAAGUGUGCUUUCCGUACCAGGACAAGAAAUGUGAGGAAGGCUGUCCUCGUCUUCACGUUUGCAGUCAAUAUGUGAGUGGAACCUGCACAAACGGGAGUAAAUGUGGGCUAUCUCACAAUCUUGUGACGGCUUCUAACGCGGCUAUCAUACGGCGCGUGGGACUAAGCUCCGCAUCCCACCCAGACUUGCUUGAUUUUCUGGCAAACAGACCAACCAUCAAAGAUGUGUGGCGGAGUUUUGCUCUGUUGAGUCCUCCCAUCGCUCCGUCAGACACCAAAAACGACUCAUCAGGGGCCACGCUGCCUGGAGACUUAAACUUGUGUCAUUACAAUAUCAAUCCUUCUCGCUGCAUGACCAACUGCGGUCAGCUGCAUCUGUGUCGCUUGUUUGUCGCGGGAGUAUGUCCAUUUGGAAAGGCAUGCAGAAGUGGGCAUGCACUGUUAGGUUCUCCGCACAAUGCUUCCGUGCUUAAAGGACGAGGACUGGAAGAGCUGUCCGAGGAAGAGGUGUAUGAUGCCAUUAAGUCGGGAUAUCUCUCUCGAAACCCAAUCACGGAUCUAGAGCACAGUUUCGCACUGCAGAUAUGUCGUGCAUACGCAGGUGACGAUAGUGAAUGUGCGGACACAAGCUGCUUGCGCUUGCACAUUUGUGCUGGGUAUGUGGCCGGAACUUGCGCGAACGGUAGUGGGUGUGGGAUGUCCCAUCAGCUCAGGUCUGGCAACAAUCUCGUUAUCCUCAAACGAGUGGGGCUAAAUCUAAUACCUCACAAGGAGCUCCUGGAGCUGUUGCAGAACCCGCCUGUGGCCAAAGAUGUUUGGCAGAGCCUUUUCUGUAGUGGCACAUUGACGACCGACUCCAACGAAACUGCCUCCGCACUGGAGCCGAACAAGCCUGUCCCGACAACGACGACGACGACGACCAGUCCCGCUCUCAGUGUCGCUGAUGACGCUCCGACGUUGUGCGCGGUGCACUCCUCCGGGGGUCGCUGCCAGCGCGACGACUGUGACGAGUUCCACGUCUGCGGCUUCUACCUGGCCGACCUGUGUCGCCGGCCGGACAGCACCUGUCCACUGGGGCACAGUUUCGACACGGCACGCAACCGACGCGUGCUGGAGCGCUGGGCACUGGAGGGCGAGUCUCCAGAGCGCUGUCUGGAGAUGAUCAACAAGAUGUCGCAGCGAGCGCACAUCACGUUCCCAAACGGCGCUGAGAAGAGCGUGCGCAUGUGCAUCCCGUACAACUCAAGAACUGGUUGCAGCACCGAUUGUGGCCAGUUCCACGUGUGUCACCGCUUCCUGGCGGGCACUUGCAAGGGAUCGAGCGUGUGUCCUCUGCGGCACGCGUUCGAUGGGCGACACAAUCAGAACUUGCGAGACUCUCUUGGUCUGGUGGCGACCGUGGGGCUGGAUGGCUCCUUGUCUCCGGUGACCGACCGGGAGCUGACCGAGUUGCUGCGGGCUCGACUCGGUGUCGCCCCCGGGUUGUACUCAAAUCUCACUGAGAACACACCUGCGCGCGGCGGCUCUGAGCCCCCCGUGUCGCCGCCGGCCGUGUGCCGCAGUCUGGGCGCCGGCCGGCGCUGUACGGACGCCGCCUGCCCCGCCGUCCACGUGUGCCCGCACUUCCUGGCGGGCGCGUGCCGCCGGCAGCGCUGCCCGCUCGGCCACGGGCUGGACACCGAGCCGAACCGGCGCGCACUGCGGCUGACCGGCCGUGAGGUGACCGAGCACAACCAUGACGCGCUGGUCAAGGAGCUGUACAAGGCAGCUAGAAACGUCAGGAGGUCCGAGGUCUAUGGCAAAUUGCGGAUCUGCAUCUCCCAUAACCGUGAAACAGGAUGUAGUGGUCAAGACUGUGCAAAGGUACACAUCUGCCAAAAGUUCGUGGCUGGAUCAUGCGAAGAAGCUUCUUGCGACUUGGGCCACGUGGUGGGCACACCAGCCAAUAGGAAAAGGCUCUGUGCUCUGGGCCUGCAAGACGCUGAGGUGGAAGAUGUUCUGGAGAUGCUGCGCGCAGUUCAUGGUGUGCGCUCAGCCUACACGGUGUAACAGGUGCCGUCUCCCGAUAGAUCAUCAAGAACAGCUCUUAAGGUCGACCAAUUCUCAUUCAAUCAAUCUAGUUAACUGAAAUUUUGGUGAUAUCUGUAGCCGUUUACAAUUACAAUGUCUGCUGGUGAUCAUAACAUUUGUCAAUGCCGGUCGACAACAAAUUUUGUGGCAGAACCGAGAACGUUCGGAUAUUGCAUUGAGCAUGCAAAAUGUAUGUUAUUUCACCGAAGACUGAGGAACCACUACAAUUUGGAAUAGUACUAUAUACCCAGUGGGCGUUUACAUUUAUUCGAGAUGAAAAGUUCCAGCGAGGCUGCUUAAAAUUAUCUUGAAAAUCGUGAGCAUCGCUGUUUAUCCUUGUUUCUUGUCUUUACGGUUGUCUUGCCAUGAGAUGGAGUGACUUCGCUCGGCUGUAGUGUAUGAUCUCUUUUGAAAGCAUCGCUACUCGAAAGUAUCCCUCUCGCUCCCUGGUUUGAGGGCGCCUAGCUUCUUAGGGCUGGCCGCUUGGCCGGCCCGUGAAACCGUGAAAACGAUACGGGCCGGCCAAGUGGCCUACCCUCAAAAGCCAGGGGCUCUCAAACUAGCGAGCGAUAGCGGUACUUUCGAGCAGCAAUAUUUUUUAAGAGAGACUAUGCAUGUGGUGUGUAGACAGCUUUCUCUCCUUAUCUUUUCCCUGAUUUCGCUUAGAUAUGCGAAGAGAGGAUGCGUGAGCUCACGCUCAGUUAUGUGGAUAUUGUUUACUCGAAGCUUUCUGCGGUUCGCGGUAAUGUUAUGUUCUCGCGCUGUGGUGGAUGAUUUGAACAAUCAUUGCAGAUUCGCGCUUUAUCUGUGAUCAAGGCUGUUUUUAAAAGCUGAUUUUGAUGUGAUGUUGACCGUGAUCUCUUAAGUCAGGAAUUUGCGUUGAGAGGAAUCGGUCUUCAAAACAUCGGUGAGGUAUCUUGAUCACUCAUCGCCAGAUCAAGCCUCAGGUAGUAGAUAGAUCGGGGGCACUUCGAUAGUGCAGCUCGGGUGGCUAUCUCCUUGUGUUUGGUAUCACUCACGUGUCCAUGUGUCGUGGAGUUUGUGCCAGUUUGCUCGGAAAUAGUCCUGCUCGUCUGGAUGUGGAUCGGCUGUGGUUGAUGGGAAAAUUAUGAAAACCUAGUGUUAUCCAUUGUCAAAGUUGUGAUAAAAGAUCGUCUGUGAUUCGAUGAGGCUGCCUUUUGAUCCAUGCGGAUCCGUGGAAUGGUGUUCGAUGAUGGCCGUGUGGAUUGGUUACAUGGAGCGUGGUACCAAUACAGACUUCCAUAGUACUUAGCA